UCUCUUGUUUACACGGUAGCAGAGUAGCAUGUGUUGUUUUGAUCUUCUGACUAAAAGUCUCGUUCACGCCGUGUCGCUGCAGCUGAGUUUCCCCGAGGUGAGCAGACCGGAAGCGGAACCUCGGACAGUGAAGGGGCCCGAGUGACAAUCAGCCGCGGACAAACUGGCACAACACAUCGCUGCUUUUUGCACCGUCACUGACACACACACACACACACAGAGGCAGAGGCAGCUACCCUUCAAAUCACAGAGGAUCAUCCUUUGGACCUACAGAAGGAAACUUGAAUCCAGCCGAAUGAACAGAACGACUGCAAAGCAUCUCAUUGAGCGCUACUUUCAGCAGUUAACUGAAGGCUGUGGAAAUGGCAACUGCACGAAUGAGUUUUGCGCAUCAUGCGCCAAUUUUCAACCUUUGGAUAACAAUUCAGCCGCUGCCAAAGCGCUGGAGAUGUUUAAGAUUAACGCCAAACUCUGUCCUCACCCCUCCAAGAGAGAAUCUGACACCUGUGACUCCAGUGUUGACGAGAAGAUGAGUGACAUGGACCUUUGUCCCGACGAGGACUUCUCAGAUGUCCAUUAUCUCACAGAGAAUAAUGUGUGUUCGAUCCUGAGUUUCUGCGAGGAGCAGGGAGACUACUCUGCUCUCAUCCGCGUCAUUGGCAGAAUUUUCUCCACUGCAGAAACCCUGAUUAAGAGUUUUAGGAAGGACGAACCAAAUCCAACAGAUGACCUGGACUCUUUAACCCCAACAGAUGUGGAUGAGCACAAGAAGCAGAGUGAGCCACCCUUGGAAAAGGUCGGUGUCUCCUCUGCAGAUGCUUAUCCAGAAGACGAGUAUCCUAGAGGAAUGUUCGACCCCUGUUUUGUCACUGUGGACGUUGACGCCGUGAGGAGAGUCUACAGCAGACUUCUACCCAUCGACCAGGUGGAGAGCGCUCUCGUGAAUGCUCUUAUUUACCUCACCCCAAACAUGGAACUUGACCUAGAUUACCUUGAUGUGUACGAAAAUGACCCAGAUUACUUGAAUAUCUUCACCAUUGUGUUGGAGAACAGUAACCUUCACAGUCCAGAGUACCUUGAAGUGGCGUUGCCGCAGUUCUGCAAAGCCAUGAGCAAACUUCCUGUCACUGCUCUUGCAAGACUGUCAAAACUCUGGUCAACGUACGGCCUCCCACACAUCCGCCGCAUGAUGGAGACCUUCCAGCAGCUCAUCACUUUCACAGUCGUCAGCAACGAAUAUGAUAGUGAUAAUCUAGUCAACGAUGACGAGACUGUGGUGGCUGCUACUCAGUGUUUAAAGGUUGCCUUCUAUGCAAGUAUCCUGGGCGGAGACGUAGACGUCGAGCACAAUGAGGAGGAUGACGAUGACUCUGAGUCGGAUGAGCUCAGCCUUCACGAGUUGCUGGGUGAGGAGCGGCUCUAUAAGAAGGGUCCUCGGAUAGACCCCCUGGAGAAGGAACUGGGGGUUCGGUCCUUAGAUUGUAUAAGACCUCUCAUUGCCCAUGAGGAUUUUAUUAACGAGUCAGUGAACGAUGUAGUGGAGAUGGACAAAGAUUUCACCUUCUUCAAGGUCAACGCCGAAACCAAGUUCUCUUUUCAGAGCUGCCCCUUCAUCCUCAGUGUCAUCACCAAGAACCAAGGACUUUACUAUGACAACAGGAUCAGAAUGUACAGUGAACGGCGCCUCACCGCCCUCUAUAGCAUGGUGCAGGGACAGCAGCCCAACCCCUAUCUGAAGCUCAAAGUUCGCAGAGAUCACAUCAUCGAUGACGCCCUGGUCAGGCUGGAGAUGAUCUCCAUGGAGAACCCCUCUGACCUGAAGAAGCAGCUGUUUGUUGAGUUUGAGGGGGAGCAAGGUGUAGACGAAGGAGGCGUGUCGAAGGAGUUCUUUUUGUUGGUCUUGGAGGAAAUUUUCAAUAUUGAUAUCGGAAUGUUCACCUACGACAAUGAUACAAAAGUCUUCUGGUUUAAUUCGUCCUCACUGGAGAAUGAAGCGCAGUACACACUCAUCGGAAUCGUCCUGGGACUCGCCAUUUACAACAACUGCAUCCUGGACGUCCAUUUCCCUAUGGUCGUCUACAGGAAACUGUUGGGGAAGAAGGGGACUUACUUGGACCUGUCUGACUCACAUCCACCUCUCUACCAAAGUCUGAAGGGUUUACUUGAAUACACUGACAAUGUGGAGGAAGACAUGUCGCUCACCUUCCAGAUAUCCCAUACAGACCUUUUUGGAAACCCUUUGUUAUAUGACCUAAAGGAGGAGGGAGACCAGAUCCCUGUUACCAAAGAGAACAGACAGGAGUUUGUGGAUCUCUAUGCUGAAUACAUACUGAACGAGAGCGUGGAACGACAAUUCAGAGCCUUCAAAAAAGGUUUCCUAAUGGUCACAAACGAGUCCCCACUGAAAUAUUUGUUCAGACCAGAGGAAGUGGAACUGCUUAUCUGUGGGAGCAGGAAACUUGACUUUGAGGCACUUGAAAAGACGACAGAAUAUGAUGGAGGUUAUAGCAAAGAUAGUGAUAUUAUAAAAUAUUUCUGGGAAACGAUUCACUCGUUUGCUGAAGAGCAGAAGAGGUUGUUCCUUCAGUUUACUACCGGCACAGACAGAGCACCAGUUGGCGGACUCGGCAAAUUAAAAAUGAUCAUCGCCAAGAACGGCUCCGACACAGACAGGUUACCAACCUCUCACACCUGCUUCAAUGCACUGCUGCUCCCAGAGUACACCUCCAAAGAGAAACUGAAAGAAAGACUCCUCAAGGCCAUCACUUACGCCAAAGGAUUUGGGAUGCUGUGACAGAUCCAUGGAGGAGAGUUUUCUGAAUGCAUUAUAACAAAAAAGGGAAUGCUGCAGAAAUACAGAUGGAAAUGAGACCAUGACACAAAAUGCUGCAGUAACCCUGUGCCUAACUCACCUCUAUCAGUCGAGCUCCAGUGUCAGCCUUUUACUCCGAGGCCUCUCUUCCUCUCAGAGUCAGUUUCAUUUACAUUAGGUUUUUCCAAAGAGAUUUAACAUGGCACUUACAUCCGUUCUCUUUUCCACGUGUGUUUUGUUUCUGAGCCAACAUAAAAACAAAUAUUUGUGAAA